CCAGCAUUUGCCUGGCAGGGCUCAGCAGAGUGAGGAGUCGUCUCAAGUCACAGGCCCAUCUACAUCCACAUGUCAUUACGUACUGCCGGUGCCAAGUGUGCAGCGAGUCUCGGAAAAUACGACGGCAUCCGCUUCGUGAUCUGGGGAUGGAACGGGUGGAAGCCUCUGUCAUCGAGGCAAUCACCUCGGGGGGAGCAGACUUGGGAUGCGGGCCGCAUCGGAUCGAUGGCUGAUAAAGUGGUUCUGCCCCUCCUGCCGGUACGUAUCCUGGGGAGAUCCAAAGGACAAAAAAUCGAAUCUGGACUAGCGCUGGAAAAAAACAGGUGCUUCCCCUUUUCUGCAAGCUCUCGAAAAUCGAGACGCGUCUUCCUCCCAGCCGUCAGUCGAGAAACAGUUUCAAGGCGGGGUCAAAUACGCAGUCCAAACACCUCACAAGGGUCCGUGUCGACCUCUAGGAAUCCACAGGGCAGGCGCGUCGGGUGUUCCCCAAAAAAUCAGGCCAAGCCAAAAAUCAAAUCGGACCUUGACCCUUGUCUCUCUCCCUGCUGCCCAAAAAAAAAUAAGCCUACCCAGAAAAUCAGAUCACUGAUCCUGAUUGGAUUGAUUCCACGCGCACCCAAAGCAGUGCAUGCCGCUCCCGCCUUGCCUUACUUAAAGCCCGCCCUCUUCCCCACGUUUUCACCUUCCCACCACUCAAUCCAUCACAACCUCUUUCUCCCACCCAACUUCACAACUUUUUGGUGUCGCGUCUUCAGCCUCACCAAUCUUCCCAAGACCUUUACCCACUUUCACAUCUUCACCAACACAACCCGUCAUCAUGACUGGACGCGGCAAAGGCGGCAAGGGCCUCGGAAAGGGCGGUGCCAAGCGCCACAGAAAGAUUCUUCGCGACAACAUCCAGGGCAUCACCAAGCCCGCCAUCCGCCGUCUCGCCCGUCGUGGCGGUGUGAAGCGUAUCUCGGCCAUGAUCUACGAGGAGACCCGCGGCGUCCUCAAGUCCUUCCUCGAGGGCGUCAUCCGUGACGCCGUCACCUACACCGAGCACGCCAAGCGCAAGACCGUCACAUCCCUCGACGUUGUCUACGCCCUCAAGAGACAAGGCCGCACCCUCUACGGUUUCGGUGGUUAAACAAUCACUGGGAAGUCGUUUACGAUUUGCAUUUCAUGACGGGUUAUCACUUAUUACUGGGCGCUGCGUUUUUCUGUUUUACACAUUUGGGGGCAAAUACUCUGGGACAAUUGGGAUUUUAUUUUAUUUUCCUCGCGUUUUUUAUGAUGGACGGUGGCUGCGAUGGUGUACCAUAUGGGACGAGGAGAAAGGGGGGAGAUUGAGUUAGUAGCAUCUCUGAUGUGAAAGCGGAAUACCAAACA